AUGGAUUUGAUUAGUGAUCAAUUUAAAAAAAAAUUUCUAUCAUUUGAGGAAGGGAAGGAGCUAGUUGUAAUCAUUUUAAAAACGGGAAGGGGGAUAGAAAUGUUGAAUAAGAUAAUUAAUGAAAAAAGGUUACUAAAAAUAUUUAUGGAUAGAUUAAAAAUAAUAAAUAAAUUUAAAAAAAAUGUAGAUCAAAAAAUUAUUUACUACAGUUUAUCGUUUAUAGAAAGAAAAAUUAAAUCAAAAUUUCUAGAAAGCUGUAUUAUUUUUUUUGGCAUCCUUAGUAGUGAGAAUUUUAUAGAGAAAAAAGAGAAAAACAAAAGGGAUAACAAAAAAUACGAUAGCAGUCAUAAAGUAGACAAUAAAAAUUUCGACAUGAUAUACAAGCUACUUAGGUUAGAAAUGAUUUUAAAAGCAUAUGUAAAUAAGCUAUUACAAUUGUUUUUUUUUAAGUGUGAUCAUAUUAAUAAUUAUAUUUUUUUAAAAAAUAAAUUAAAAACAUCUAUAAAAAAUAAUUUAAUGUCUCCUAGAUUUGAUUUUACGUUUCGAAAAUUUCAUACAUGUUUUAAAUACCCAAAUAUUAAAAGUACAACAAAAAACAAAAUAAAUAAUUUUGAUAGCGUAUAUAAUAAAAUUUUAUAUUCAUCAUAUGAUGAUUAUAAUAUGAAAAAAAAAGAAAAAAGCAAAAAUAAUUUUUCGUCAAAAUCUUAUGCAUUACUACCAUUAAUACCUUAUUACUAUAACGACUUACCAUCCAUUAAAAUGUCAAAUGAUUAUAUGAACAGGGAAUGGAGAAAAAUGAAAAUAAAGAUAUCACAAAAUAAAAAAAAUAUAUAUACACACUAUAAAUAA